CUUCGUCCACCUGUGAUAAAACGCCGCCACCAUGUCUCGUUUUUUCCGCGCUGGAGAGAGCGACUCUGAUGAUACAGAGUCUGAUUACUCUGAAGAGCUUACUGCCUCCGAGUCUGAGGACCAUUCCGACUCUGAUUCGGAUGAAUCAUCGUCCGAUGAUGAGCGGCCUGGCAAGAAGCCCCAAGGUCGUCUUUUUGGCCUCGGCUCUGAUGAUUCUGAUAGUGACGAUGAUGAAGUCCGCGUUGUCCGCUCUGCAAAGGACAAGCGUUUCGAAGAGAUUGAGCAGGCUGUGACUUCAAUGGCUAACGGUCAAAAGAUCAAUGACUGGGUCUCAGUUCAAAAUGCGGCUGUACCAGUGCCACUAAUAGUAACAGUAGCAAUUUAUAUUUGGGAUGGAUCAAAAUUGCCGCUGAAGGAUAUCAACAAAGGACACAGAGCAUUUUCACCUCCUGUAGUAUUAACGAUUCAUGUAGCAUGCAUGACAUCGCGAAAGGACAGACUGGCUGCCAAAUUGGCAUAGUUGAUGCCUGUGUGAUGUUUGGACUUAGGAUAUCUGCUCACACUGUACUCAUUUGAUUUUUUUUUAAUACUUCAUAUAAAGAAUUCGAUCGUGCCAAUAAAGCCAUUCAGAAGG